AUGUUGCACGUUCUUUACCGUCGGUUACAUCGUUUAGCCGAGAGGACUACCUGGGAGAAAUUUUAUGCAGCUAGAGCCAAAUCCGAUCCAUUGGAUUGGUUUCUCGAUUAUCAACACCUUAAAAGCGUUCUACAACCAUGGAUUUUCUCCAAUUACCAUCAGGAUUUUGCUGUGCUCGAUUUAGGUUGCGGCAUUUCUGACAUGGCAGCUCACAUUUUCCUUGACCUGCUCAAUAAAACUGGAAAGGUAGAUUGCAUCGAUUUUUCACAAACAGCUAUUGAAAGAAUGCAAAAGAAAUAUAAACAUUGCUUCAACCAUUCCAAUCAUCGAUUAUCCUAUAUAUGCGCGGAUGCCACCUCAUUGCCGUUUGCUGAUUGUAGUUAUGAUAUGGUACUUGAUAAAGGAACAAUGGAUGCUGCCAUUAGACAUCAAAAUGGAGAAGUUAUGGGCGAGAAGAUUAUAGCUGAAGCCCUACGAGUCAUGGCAUGUCCAAGUCAAUUUGUGCAAAUUUCCGAUGAAGAUCCUGAUGUUCGAUUACAACUGUUGUAUCGUUGCUGCAAUCUCUAUAGGGAAAAUACCAAAAGUUACCAAACUUCUGUCAAAUUUCGAGAGUUGGGAUCAUUCAGUGGUAUAGAAUAUCUGAUGUACACGAUUGAGAAAAAGUUAGCUUAG